AUGAUCGGGCCGGUGGAGAGCCAGAGCGUCGCUGCCAUGAAGGGUCUCUUUGACACCAACUUCUUCGGGCUGGUGCGGCUGGUGCGCGAAAUCUUCCCCGACAUGAAGCGCCGGCGCCGGGGCCACAUCGUGGUGAUGAGCAGCGUGCUGGGGCUGCAAGGCCUCAUCUUCAACGACAUCUACUCCGCCUCCAAGUUCGCUGUGGAGGGUUUCUGUGAGAGCUUGGCCCUGCAGGCGCUAAAGUUUGGUGUGAACAUCAGCCUGAUCGAACCCGGACCGGUGGUGACCGAGUUCGAAAGGAAACUCUACGAAGAAGCCGCCAGCAUGGACCUGUCUGCCGUUGACCAGGAGACACUGGAUAUAUUCCAAGGCUUCUACAUGGCCUAUUCCAAGGACGUCUUCAUGGUGCUGGGGCAGUCGCCGGACGAGGUGGCUGAGCACACGGCCAAGGUGAUCAUGGUGGAGAAGCCGCCUUUUCGCUACCAGACCAACAGCCUCUACACGCCCAUGACCACCCUGAAACACGCCGACCCCACCGGGAACCUGCCUCUGAACGCCUUCCACCAGAUGGUCUUCCAGCACGACCGGCUCUUCAAAGCCAGCCUCAGCCUCCUCAAGAUGCUGCAGUGGAGGAAGAGGAGGGACGUGUCCUAUAACAAAUCUCCUUGAGACGAAGGCAUCAAUCCCCUUCCUCCUCCUCCUCCCUGGACAACACAGGCAGCUCCAGCUAUAGAUCCCCCCACCCUGCCCUCGCCCCGCUCCCAUGCUCUGUAGCACGACCCUAGUUUCCAGUGUGGACAGCCACUGUAAAAGCACAAAACCUUGGACCGAGCAGGAGGUGCCAGCGCAGUGGGUGAUGUGGGGAGCGGGGAGGAGGCAGUGUGUUUAGGAGCGUGGAUCUAUGAGGGGACUAGCAACACCCCAGUCUUUGCCGUCUUUUUAACCAGCUGAUUCUUUUGUAUCUUUUUUUUAAGUAUAUUUGGGGUUUUAAAAGGAUUUUUUUUUAAAGAACUUUCAAAAAGUAGAGGUUUAAGGCCCUGCUGUAGUGUAGGCCCCAGGAGUCCUGACUCCCACUCCCCUCCCAGAGCUGGGGAUAGAACCCAGGAGUCCCAACCUCUCCCAGAGCUGGGGAUUGAACUCAGGAGUCUGGAGGCCCGUCCCAAUGCUCUAACCACUAAGCACCACUCCCCUCCCACAGCUGGGGCUAGAUCCCUGGAUGUAUUGAGUUGUCUCCCUGCCCAAGACCCACCUGUGGGAGUGGGCCCGGCUGUGCUUCCACCAGGGGAGGGAUAGACACCCUGCAUGAGGCAGCAGCCCAGCUGGUGUGUGCUGGGACUUGUGGCCCUGGCGAAGGGAUCCACGGGGCAUCAGACUGUGUCCCCCUGACACGAUCGGGGAGGCCUGUAGGAAGAUGGUGGGGAUGGCUCAUCCAGGGAGGGAAUGACUACCGUACUUGCUGGAGUUAGGGGCAGCGUGUUUGCCAGCAGGCUACUAAUGCAACCAGACUUGGAAGAUGCUCAACUAGGGUUUGAUGCAGCUCAUGGCCCCGGGUUCAAGUGGGUUUAGAGGUGGGGCGAGAGGCAGUUUAGCUGGCACCUCUUUGGCACAUUCCAGGAGGCGGCAACAGCUCCCAGGAGGGGGUGAGCAUUUAGUCUGCAGCAUUUUCCUCCGGGUACUGAACCCUCUUAAGGCCAGUUUUCUGAUCUCCCCCUCUCCUCAAUCUCCCCCUCGGGGGGCACCUGGCCCCCUGCCCAGCACCCAUGGUAGUGCUGGGAACAUGUGCCUGUGUUGUAGUGUGUGCAAUGACUCACUCCCCCAGCAGCUGUUCAGGGCCAGGCCAGCCCAUCUGACCAACCUGUGGGGGUGUAGGAGUCCCUCUCUCAAUAAACAGAGGUGCCCGAG